AUGAGGAACAGGCCUCAGAUCUUAGGGGAUCGAGACUGGAAUCCAGGGCUGGAGUCUGUAGGACCCUCUAAUUUUGAGGCCCUUUCUAGGGGGUUGUGGACAGAGGGAGUCGGGGAAGCAGGCUCAGGAAGGCGCCCUGUGUUACAGCUUGCACCGUGGAUGUGGAUGGCGGCGUGGCGGGUGAGCAUGGCCGAGCUGGAGGACCGCCUUAAGUGCCCCAUCUGCCUUGAGGUCUUCGAGGAGCCCCUAAUGCUGCAGUGCGGCCACUCCUACUGCAAAGAUUGUCUGGUGUCCCUGUCCUGCCACCUGGACUCUGAGCUGCGUUGCCCAGUGUGCCGGCAGGAGGUGGAUGGCAGCAGCUCCUCGCCCAACUUCGCCCUAGCAAGGGUGAUAGAAGCCCUGAGGCUUCCCCGGGACCUGGAGCCUAAUAUUUGUGCGCACCACCGGAACCCGCUCAGCCUCUUCUGCGAAAAGGACCAAGAGCUCAUCUGCGGCCUCUGCGGCCUGCUGGGCUCCCACCAGCACCACCGGAUCACGCCCAUCUCCACCGUUUACAGCCGCAUGAAGGAGGAGCUUGCAGCCCUCAUCUCUGACCUGAAGCAGGAACAGAAGAAGGUGGAUGAGCAUAUCGCCAAGCUGGUGAACAACAGGACCCGGAUUGUCAACGAGUCCGAUGUCUUCAGCUGGGUGAUCCGCCGUGAGUUCCAGGAGCUGCACCACCUGGUGGAGGAGGAGAAGGCCCGCUGCCUGAAAGGGGUGGAAGGUCACACCCGCGGCCUCGUGGCUUCCCUGGACAUGCAGCUGGAGCAGGCCCAGGGCACACGGGAGCGGCUGGUGCAAGCCAAGUGUGUGCUGGAACAGUUUGGAAAUGAGAAUCACCACGAGUUCAUCCGGAAGUACCACUCCAUGGCCUCCAGAGCAGAGCUCCAGCAGGCCCGACCUUUGGAGAGCACGUUCAGCCCCAUCUCCUUCAAGCCAGGUCUCCACCAGGCCGACAUCAAGCUGACCGUGUGGAAAAGGCUCUUCCGAAAGGUUCUGCCAGCCCCGGAGCCUCUCAGGCUGGACCCUGCCACAGCCCACCCUCUCCUGGAGCUCUCCAAGGGCAACACAGUGGUGCAGUGUGGGCUCCUGCCCCAGCGACGUGCCAGCCAGCCCGAGCGCUUUGACUAUAAUACUUGCGUCCUGGCCAGCCGGGGCUUCUCCUGUGGCCGCCACUACUGGGAGGUGGUGGUGGGCAGCAAGAGCGACUGGCGCCUGGGGGUCAUCAAAGGCACAGCCAGUCGGAAAGGCAAGCUGACCAAGUCCCCAGAGCAUGGCAUGUGGCUCAUUGGCUUGAAGGAGGGCCGGGUAUAUGAGGCCUUUGGCUGUCCAAGGGUGACCCUGCCUGUGGCCGGACACCCGCACCGCAUCGGCAUCUAUUUGCAUUAUGAGCAGGGAGAGCUCACCUUCUUCGAUGCUGACCGCCCAGAUGACCUGCGGCCACUCUACACGUUCCAGGCUGACUUCCAGGGCAAGCUCUACCCCAUGCUGGACACAUGCUGGCAUGAGAGGGGCAGCAACUCACUGCCCAUGGUGCUGCCCCCACCCAGUGGGCCCAGCCACCUCACCCCGCCACAGCCCAUCAAGCUGUAGGCAGUGCUCACAGGGCUGCCCGUUCUCAGGCCCUUCCCACCUGGGCGUGGGGACUUGAGGGCUUCUGCUGGGUCCAGCAAGCAGAGGGUACAUUUUUACUGUUUGAGAAGGUCUUCAUGCCUGCGUUUCCCUGGAAACAUUUAGUGAUAAGGAAAAAAGGACCACAGCCACCAUUGGCCACACCAUUGGCCACACCAUUGGCCAACGGCGUGUUUAUUAAUCUAUUGUCAGGUUAUCAACCUGUUUCUUAGCCAGCAGAAGUAGGCCUUGGUGUCCGUGGGCUUCCCUUGGUCCCUCCUAAUCAUGCUUAUUGCUUACCCUUCCAACUGGGGGUGGAAACAUUCUCCUACAUAAUUUUUCAUUUUCAUUUUGAACUUAAAAUAACUUGAAGACAAUAAAUUUACUACUUUCUUCCUCUUUAAAUGAGUUGCAAAUAUUAAUUGCUGUACAGAACCACUUUAUGCUCUGGUCUCCAGCCUCUGGUGGGGCUUGAUCUUGCUUCCACCCAUGGCCUGUUGGUCUGUGGUCAGAGCCACGUAGACCACUCCAUCACUGCUCCAUCCUCAUGGACCUCUCCCGGCUUCCCGCUGUUAGAUGAGAUGGAACCAAUGCUACUUCAAAGCAGAAGCAAAUAAGGGGGCCAGAAAGGGGAGCAGCCCAUCCCUGGAAGCUGCCAUGCACAGAACCCAUCUCUGUUCAGGUGAGCCUGCCCCCAGCCACAGAUUAUGGUGUCCAUCCAGACUAAGGCUGGGACAGCUGCAUUCUCUCCCAAGAAUCUGAAAAUUGGGAGAGAGAGAGGAUGGUAGGGGCUCAGUUACCUGAGACUUGGAGCUUUAGAGAGCUUCCCAGCCUUGUGCAACUGUGGUCAUGAAGCCACCUGAGAGCCUUCCACGGGGAAGAGCUCCAUUUCAGUGCCCUGGCACGUGUCCGUGUGGGCCGCAUGGGCCAUGGCUGGACUGACAGCCUGAGGGAUCCUCCGGGAACAGGAGAAGACGGGAGGCUUGUGAGGUGCUACCUCAAGGCCAUGUCCAUGGGAAACUCAGGAGACAUCACCUCCUAGGCUCUGAUGAAGAAUGAGUCUUUCUGUUCCACCUCCCUCCAAGCAGAGUUGCAGACUAUAAAACAGCUUAGUUGAGUCUCCAGUUGGGUCCCCACAACAGGAUAUCCCACAACUCACAUUGCAGUCAUGAGCCCCUUGAAUUCUGUAUCACCCUUCGGUG